AUGGUACUGUUCAAGAGAAAGCCUGUGCGGUAUCUUCCACACCCGCAUGUGGAUGACCAGCAAUGUGACGUCUGGGUCAUCCCGGAGGCAGACGAAGUAUUCACGUCUUACGAUGCCUACCUCGAGCGCAUGGACUUUUUCAAGUCAAAGCGAUUUACUUGCGAGGUGACUGGCCGCUCGGGCUUGAACUUCUUUGAUGCGCUCCGUAGUGAGCAGGCAGGGUCACGGGAAAUUGAUGAAGCAUUUCCACAAGCCUUACGCGAGCCUGUCUUGCGGCGUGUCCAAUUCUCGACCACAUCACGGCUGGACCAUCUGGUGGAAGAGGUGUACAACGAGUUCAAAAAUGACUUUUAUCCGGGCGAGUUGGUAACUGUCAUCUUGGACGACAACACCAGAUUGUACGGCAGAGUCAGAGAUAAGGCAAAAUUCGCCGAGAUCAGAGCGCCUGACGGUUCGGUCGUGAGAGAAGGCUUUUCCCGCUACUUUGUCAGACUGGUAGAUCGCCCAGAUGAGGAGGCUCUUGUGGACGACCAUCAUAUCGCGAGAGACCGGAAAUCUUUCACCAAACAGAUGCUCCGCUCGUUUAUCAAGAACACUGUCACUCGCGAGGGCUGGAAUGGCGCACCAUGGCUGGUGAAACCCGAGGUCGCCGAACGGUUUCGCAUCGACACCAAUGUCCCUCCACAUCUCCAGUAUAGCAGUAAGGCUGCGGCGAAGAAGGCAGAGAAGAAGAACAAUGUCGAGCAAGAUCCGAUGUUCGAUGUCUGGCAACCUAAUAAACUGCCGGAGUUGAAGCCUGCCACGAAGGGCAAAAAGGGCCAGCAGCAUGCUUCUCAGCACCAGCACCACCCGGGAGGCAUCGACCCAACGGCGCCAGGGCACCCUUUUGACUACCGACACAGCGUCAUGCCUGACCCCGGAUUGUUGCCUCGAUCCUGGGGACAUAUGCAACCACCUCCACCGCCACCUACAGGCUUUGACCCCUACUAUCCAGGAUAUCCUCCUCACUAUCCCCCCGCGAAUGGUUAUUAUCACCCUCCAGCUGUACAGGCCCAGGAGAUGCUGCCGCCCAAGCAGGUCGUUCAGCAUCACCACCAACCACAACAACCACCACCCCAGAUCCCUCAGAAACCGCCCUCUCCGUCGCCGCCCCCGCCGAUUAAAUAUCCGAUAGAAGAUCUAGACGUUGAGCCCGUCCGAGAUGGCACACAUCGGCCGAAUCUAAAAUUUGUGGCGAGAGAGCAAUGCCUAAGUGGAAAGGCGGCAGCGACGAAGGACGUUAUUCCAGGUGUCAAAGAGGGAACUGUCGGCCUUCUCCUGGAAACCUGGAAUACCCUCAACGUUUAUUGCCAAGUUCUCAAGCUAGACUCGUUCACGUUUGAUGAUUUCGUUGAAGCCAUGCUGUUCUCUUCUACGGAUGUUGACUGCGAGUUAUUUGUCGAAAUGCAUUGCGCCUUACUCAAACAACUUGUCAAGGCUGAGAACGACGAUGAAGGAGCAGUUCAAAUCUCUCUUCCGGAUCUCCCAGAGUCCGACGAGGAAGAGGAGUCCGAAGAAGAGGAAAGUAAAUUGCCAACACCCACACCCGAACCCGAGUAUCCGGCCAAGCGCACUCGGAGUAGUCUUCAUAAGGUCCAGUUGGCCGAAGAACUACUCAAGCAGGAACAAAAAGAGGAAGAGGUAAUUUCACACCGUGCCGCAGAGAUGUUUGACGAAUGUGGCUGGAUCGACAGACUACGAAAGCGGGAUCUGAGGAACGGUGGUUGGGAAUUGGUCAUGGUCGGAUUACUGCACCGACUGAGCGGGAGGCCGCGACUUACAGAAGUGUGCAAUAAGAUCCUGGCGCAUUUGGCUCCAUUGGACGCCGAACCUACCAUUCAGACCGCGCAAUAUCAGUAUUCUACUAUGGACAUCAACCUGCGAGCAGAGGCACUUCAGAUUCUCUGUCGAUUAUUCCUCGAGACCAAGACUGUCCGCGACUUCUUGGAAGAAAUGAGCAAUACGAUGACCAACUACCGGAAGAUCAAGAUCGAGCACCAGCGAGCUCGAAAGGAGGCAUUGGCGAGGCUCAAGGAACUUCAAGCCGAGAAACGAGCACUCGCACCAGAACCAGAAAAAUCGCCAUCGCCCAUGCCGGAACUGGAAGACGCCGCGGAAGCAGAGAAAGCUGCUGAAGACCAGGACGCAUCAAUUCCCGAUUCUGAAGACGAGGAGCCCAUGGUCACGCGUUCUCUCCGUCGCGGCAGCGACCGCGCGGCUGAGAGGAAGCGGAAGCGAGAGGAGGAACAAGAACGAAAAGAAAAAGCCGCGGAAGCGAAGCAAAACAAAGGCAGCAAAGAGUACCAAAAGGUGCUCAAACAGAUUGAAAAGGAGCGCGAUAAGAUUGAGGCCGCGGAAGAACAGAUCGUCAUUGUCGACAAUGAUCUGCGCGAAGCAGACUGCGCUCGAACGCGCAUCUUGGGCAAGGAUCGCUUCUGCAACCGGUAUUGGUGGUUUGAAAGAAACGCCAUGCCAUAUGGAGGGUUACCUGAAAGUUCCACGGCAGAUGCCGAGUACGCCAAUGGCCGCAUCUGGGUACAAGGCCCUGACGAUAUGGAGCUUGAAGGAUUCAUCAACGUGGGCGACGCAGACAAGAAGGCCUACUAUUGCCUAUUUCAGAUGACGCCGGAAGAACGCAAGAAAAUGGAGGAAGGCCCGACACAACUCCGGUCAGCCAACCAGUGGGGGUUCUACGAUACGCCCGAAGAACUCGACAUGCUUAUUGGGUGGCUGGAUUCAAGAGGUGUGAGGGAGUUGAAACUCAAGAAAGAGCUCAAUGCACUGAGAGAUGUCAUGAUCAAACAUAUGGAAAAGAGAGCGGCAUACCUGACCCCGCCGGCACGAGAGAAGUCGGAAGAGCCGGCUGAGACCACGACGAGAAUGUCAACCAGAACAAAAACCCAGGCCCAAAUGCGCAGUGAGAAGAACCAACAGCGAUGUUUGCGAUGGAAGAACACCAUGGCCAUGGCCGAAUUGGGUCAUCGACACAUCGAUCCUCCACUCAAGCCCCGUGGCAGAGGUAGGAAGAACAACCAGGGAGAUAACUUGAAGUCGACCAGCGGGGCCAAAAAUGCGGCUGCGGCGCCGACUGUGUUGAAUCGUCAGGGCAAGCCGGCCACGAGACAGGGAUCGAGAUACAAUUUCUGA